AUGGCAAACAAUCUACUCGAGCACGCCCUUCUAGGCCCUCUGCAAGGUCUUGCGGUCACUGAGCGACUGACCCAAUAUCGAUCCAUUCCUUAUGGCUUCAUCAAGCAGAGGUUCGCCAGAUCGGAAGUGUUGACAGACGUGCCACGACGAAAAAAGUUUGCACAUCCGACACCAAAGGAGAUCUUUGAUGCGACCAAGCAAGGGCCGCAAAGCAUACAACCCCUCAAGUCUGCUCAGAUGGACGCCAAGUCGAACCAGCUGCCCGAGGACGUCGAAGAACAAGAACAAGCCGAGGACUGCUUGCGACUGACCAUCACAGUACCAAGUGAUGCGACGUUCGAAUCGAAGCUCCCGGUCUUGGUCUUCAUCCAUGGUGGCGCAUUCUUUAUCGGAUCUGGAGAGCGGAAGUAUUACGAGCCACUCACACUUUGCACGCAAGCUCUGAAUAUGCAAAAGCCUCUUGUAUUCGUGUCUGUCAACUACCGUCUAGGUGCCCUUGGCUUCUUUCACUCGCCAGAUGCUGAAGGGCUGAUGCCUCCGAACAACGGCUUACAUGAUCAGCUCACCGCUUUCGACUGGCUUCGAACCAACAUUGGCGGAUUUGGCGGCGACGUAGACAACAUCACGGCAAUUGGGCAGUCGGCCGGUGGGGAGAGCUUGAGUCUGCAUAAUCUGAGUGGGAGAACAAAUCCUCUUUACAAGCGAUCAAUCAUGUUUUCUGGCACCCCACUGACUAUGCCCGACAAGACACCUGCUGAGCACCAGACAAACUUCGUCGCGCAGGCAAAGAAACUAGACAUCGAUACGGGAAAUCUGAGCAGUAAACAGAUAGCUCAGAGGAUGAUCGAUUGCGAUGUCUCCAAGCUCCGGGAUCUGAGCUAUGUCGGUCAACCUUGUGUCGAUACUGAGAUGAUACCACACAAAGAUCAUGCAACGCAGCGCGACAUAUUUGCAGGCAGAGCUAGACAAAUCGACUGGCUGCAGUCGCAAAUUAUCAGUUCAUGUGGCUACGACGGCAGUAUAUCGAAUAUCAUGAUGCGAGGCGACGACAAGCGCAAAGACCACGCAAGAAGCUUCAUCAAGGUCGCUGAGGAAGUUCUCCACAACCCCAAGAAGCUACUACAGAUCUACGGAAUACAAGAGACUACGCCAGAUGAAGAAGCCCUGGAGAAGAUCUGUCAGUUUGAAUCAGAUAUUGGUUUCUUUGCCCCUGCGUUGGCUAUGGUAAUGGGGACUGCUGGUAAAACGGCUACUUACUUCCAACUGUUCGAUCUUGGGAACCCUUUCUCUGACCUUCUAGAAGAGAAAAGAUUUGCAUCGCACACAUGGGACAUCGUGGCUCUACUGGGAGCGUAUGAGGACAGGCUACCAGAUAACUACGCGGAGAAGAUCAGAGAAUGGAGGGAGAGAUACAUCAAGUAUGUUGUUGAUGACGAAGCUCCAUGGAAAAAUUUCGAGGAAAGUGAAAGGUCAGCGAUGUAUCUAGUUCCAAGUGCUGGGCCGUCAAUGGAGGUCGAGCUUGGAGCUGUUUUGGAGGGAAGGUUGAAGAGACUAUUGGACCUAGCCGAAGAGGAGGGAUCAGAUGGUGCCGAUACUCUGUGGGAAGGUGUUUGUCGUCGCUGGCUGAUGAAAGGCGAGUGA